AUGGCGUCAAUGGUGGUGAAGGAUUGUAGUUAUAGUUCCAGUCAAAUUCCAGUUAUGACAGUGGAAGAAAAAGGAAGUAGGAACAAGAGAAAAUCCCGAGCAGAUCUGCCUCUAGCAGACCCUACUAAGAUCUUCCCUUCACCUCCAAAUGAAUGCACAAGUUUCGAAUUCUCAACUGAAAAGUUGGAGAUUCCCCGAAGUCGUGGGCAUGCAAGCAGUUGUGACAUGUGUUGCAUGACUUGUGAUAAAUCUGAUGCUUUGAAACUUGAUCUAAGAUUGUCAUGUGCGGUGGAAACAUUGGAAGUGAGGCCAAGACAACCUCAAGAGGAGAUGGAAACAUUAUCGAAUGAGUACAAUGGUGCUAAUUGGAGUAAAUCUUACAGAAUCCCUGCUAGAGGACUUGUUUUGAGUGAUUUGGAUGCAAUUUUCAAGAGUGCAAUUAAGAAAAUAAUUGCUAGUGGUUAUAGUGAAGAAAUUGCUACAAAGGCUGUUUUGAGAUCUGGCCUUUGCUAUGGGUGCAAGGACACUGCAUCAAAUAUUGUGGAUAAUACUUUAGCAUUUCUUAGAAGUGGCCGAGAUGUUGAUUACUCAAGGGAGCAUUGUUUUGAGGAUUUGCAGAAGAUGGAGAAGUAUAUUUUGGCCGAGUUGGUUUGUCUUCUAAAAGAGGUUAGACCUUUUUUCAGCACAGGGGACACAAUGUGGUGCUUGUUGAUAUGUGAUAUGAACGUGUCGGCAUAG